AAAAAGCCUAAGAUAGAUAUGAAAUUAAUAAAUCAUGGAUUCUUUGUACAAUCAAACAAACAAAUUAAUUCUACAAACGCAACAAAGUUUUCAUGUAUUAGAAGGUAGUCCAAAAAAUGCAAUAGAAAUUGAAACAGAUAUUCAAGAAAAUAUAUUUUCAAUAAAUAAAAAUUGUGAAAAACUUGAUUUGUUUAUCCACAAAUUACCACUUGACCAACGACAAAAUGCUAAGAUGCGAUGUGAUCAGCUUAAAUAUGAUAGUAAGCAUUUACACGCUGCUUUGGAAGCAUUAAAACAGAAAAGAGUCCGUAAAGAAGCUGCAGCUAACGAAAGAGAAUUGUUACUUAAUAGAAGAUUUACUCCUAAUCCAGAUGUAACAGCUGUUAACAUUGACUAUGCAAUACAGCAUCAAAACUCUUUACAGAAUGCCAAUAAAGGUGUUGAUGAAAUGUUACAUACUGGAUUCAAUUCUUUAGAAUCGUUAAGGUCACAAAGGAUGACACUGAAAGGUGCUCAUAGAAGAAUAAUUGACAUGGCAAAUACCUUAGGUUUAAGUAAUCAUACUAUGAAGUUAAUAGAAAAAAGAGCCUCUGAAGAUAAAGUAAUUUUAAUAAUGGGAGUAUUGAUUACACUUGUUGUUAUUGUAUUAGUUAUUAUUUAUUUUACAUAAUUUGCAUGCAUUCCGCAUUUAUGAAAAUUGUACAUCUAAAAAAUAUAUUUAUUAUUAAUGACCACAAAUUAGAGAAUGUCUUAAAAACUAACCACAUUUUCAACUUAUUUAACUCAUCCACUGAGUAUAAUGAGUAUAUCUUCAUUUUGUACUUUCAACUGUAACAAAAAAGAAUGAUUUUAUGCACUGAAUGCACGUUGAAAACAUAAGUUUAUCCAUAUUAAGUUUUGUUCAGAAAUUUUUGGUUUUCCUAAAGGAUCCCGCACUUUUCUUAUGGGAAGUGGGUUUCAGCCAAUUUUUUGAAACUUUGC